AGAUGCUUAAUCGACUCAGCCACUCAGGUGCCGGUGAUUGGUUCUCUAAAUUCCCUUCAGGCAUGUUACUUCCAUCUGUCUCUUUUAGAUCUCUGGCUCUGGCCUUAUUUUUGUUCUUUCAUUUGGGGUAAAUUUCUCCAUUUUGGCAUUUUGUCUAAGUCUCUGCCUUAUUCUAUUAGAAAAGCUAGUUAUGUCUCCUGCUCCUGAAAGUAAUGGCCUAAUGAAGAAGUCAUGUAUUUCCCAGGGCCUAGCUCUUCAGGGAGCGUCUCCACUGUGUGUGUGAACUAUGCUAUUGUGUCUGGCUGUUCUAUCCUUCAGAGAAGUCAUCUGCAGAGGUUCUCUUUGCCCACAGUGGGGCAUUUGCUCCUUGGCCUAAAUAUGGCCAGUUUUAAUGAGGUAUACUCUGGUUUGCUUGUGAAAUGAGACCUAACACUAACUCCACCAGAACUGAGGCCCUACAGAACUCUCUGGCUGGGAGAGAUGGUGUGGGUAAGAGUUUGUGAUAAUCUUCUAGGGGAGGGGACUACCAUACUGGGAAUGAGACAAGCUUGAUUGAGAAAGGCAGUUCCAGAAGAACACGGAGGUCUGGGGUUUAGUGAAACCAAGUUAGGCAGCAAUUGUUGCCACCGAGCUGCUUCUGUCAUGUGGUUCUGUGUUUAUGCUGAUGUGUGGGGAAAGGAAUUGGCACCAGCCAGCCCCUUUGUUCCUGGGGAGGAGUCUCUGUGAAAGUUGCCUCUGAGGGAAGCCCUCCUAGAAUAAUGAAUACUCUCUCUGCUGUGUGCCUUAGGUGCUUCUCAGUUCAAUUCUCCCAAGUCAUAUGCCCUUGGAUUGUUCAGUUGCCGUCUCUCUAGGAGCGGUGCUGUGCCAUCAGGGCUCCCUCUCAGCCAAACCUGCUGACCUCUAAAACUCUAGACUUUAGGCUCUGCUGCUUGCAAGAACUCAGGAAAUUCAUCCCCUCUCAUUUUCUAAAAUAAUAGCUUUGGGGAAAUGUUCUUCUUGCACAUUCCCCUGUGUGUUCCUCUCUCUCUCUUUCUCUCCCUCUUACCCUUCUCUGUGACCAUGGCUCCCUCCCCUCUGAAGUAUCACUGAUCCAUUUCUCUCCUAAACCACAUCCCUGCACUUCCUACCUUCACCAGCGUGGCUCUUCUCUCCCUUAGUUGCGGAGUUUGUUCUGUCAGUCUUCAGGUUGACUUCUGAUGUAUUUAGGACAAUAUGGUCAUUAUCUAGUUGUGUUUGUGAGGUGAGAUGAGCCUAGGUUUCUCCCACUGUGCCCCUAUCUUCCUCUCCUCCCAUACCUUUAGCUCUUUGAGCAUAUUUAAGAAAGCUGGUUUAAAGUCUUUGCCUAGUAAAUCCAAUGUCUGUGUUUUCUCAAGGAGAAUGUCUGGAGAUUUAUAUUGUUUCUUUGAAUGGGCAGUGUUUUCUUGUUUCUUUGUAUGCCUUAUGACUUUUAUUUGAAAAUCAGGCAUUUGAAAAAAAUAGCAACCUCUCCCAGUCCUUGGAAACCAGCUCUGUAUGGGGCAGUGCUUCACCAAUUGAGUCUAUGUGUUCUGAGCUGAAGGAUAUGCCCGAGAUAAAAGCUCAAAGUCCACUCAAGUCUUUUCUGAGAAUACCCCUUGCUUGGGCUUAUGUGUGGCUCUCUCAAUUCCUCCAUAAACAUGGCUAUUUUUGAAUGUCUUAAAAUCCCAGAGUCUCAUUCCAGCUUUUCCUGAGGGACCUACAUGAUUUAUUGUGUCAUCUUUUGCCUCAGGUGCUCUGUAGAUACAAUCUUUCUGAAGCUUUCACAAACACUGACUCCUACUUUUUCCCUAGACUGAGAUUCGAGUUAGAUGAGAAAACUAGUCCUUUAGGAAGCUCCCAAAAUGGGUAUAACAUUGCCAGGAGGUUUGAUCUGCAGCUGGGAAUUUGGCUGCUGCCCCUUCUAGAUGAAGACUGUGCUGAGCCAGGAGGGAGUAGGGAAAUGGACCUGGGGAAAACUCAUUUCUGCUCUGUGUGGCAUCUUCUCCAUGUGAGUCAACUGGGAUUAGAAGAUCUACUCCCAAUAUGGCUCACUCAUUACUUACUGGACAGCAAGUUGAGGCUGGUUGUCUCCUAGGUGCUCGCUGGAGUUGUUGGCCAGACUCUUAGUUCUCCUCCCUGUUGCCUUUGCAGACGGCUAGGUUGUGCUUCUUACCACACAGCAACUGAGUUCCGAAAGGAAGAGGUUUCACUUUCGAGAUUGCAGCAAAUAUGCCGCCCAUCCCUGGAGGAAACGACUGGAUUUGGACUAAUGAAAAAAGGAACGGCCAGCUGUUAUCAGAAUAAAUGAAGAGGGGAGAAACAUGAACCAGAGUUCAUCUUUUCAUAUCUACUUCUUUUGGGGACUGCUGUCCCUGUGGGUUCUCUGUACAUCCUCUACCCAUAAAUGUGUUGUUAGACACGAAGUGGCUGACUGCAGUCAUCUGAAGUUGACUCAAGUGCCUGAUGACCUCCCGACAAACAUAACAGUGUUGAAUCUCACCCAUAAUCAGCUCCGAAGAUUACCAGCUGCCAACUUUACAAGAUAUGGACAACUUACUAUCUUGGAUGGAGGCUACAACUCCAUCUCAAAACUGGAGUCAGAAUUGUGCCAAAAACUCCCCCUGCUGGAAAUUUUGAACCUCCAACACAAUGAGCUAUCUCACCUUUCCGACCAAACUUUUGUCUUCUGCAUGAACUUGACAGAACUCCACCUAAUGUCCAAUUCCAUCAAGGAAAUUCAAAACAAUCCCUUUCAAAGCCUGAAGAAUUUAAUCAAAUUAGAUCUAUCUCAUAAUGGUUUGUCGUCUACCAAAUUAGGAAGUCAGCUCCAACUGGAAAAUCUCCGAGAGCUUCUGUUAUCAAAUAAUAAAAUUAAAGUACUGACACCUGAAGAACUUGAUUUCCUCGGUAAUUCUUCUUUAAAAAAAUUAGAGUUGUCAUCAAAUCCAAUUAAAGAGUUCUCUCCAGGGUGUUUUCAUGCAAUUGGAAAAUUAUUUGGCCUCUCUCUGAACAAUGCUCAGCUGACCCCCAGCCUCACAGAGAAGCUUUGUUUGGAACUGUCAAACACAAGCAUUCAGAAUCUAUCCCUGAGCAACACCCAGCUGUACAGAACCAGCAAUAUGACUUUCUUUGGACUAAAGCACACGAAUCUCACCUUGCUUGAUCUUUCCCACAACAACUUAAAAGUGAUUGAGAACGAUUCCCUGGCUUGGCUUCCUCAUCUAGAACAUUUCUUCCUGGAGUAUAAUAAUAUAGAGCAUUUGUUUUCUCGUUCCUUUUAUGGGCUUCUCAACGUGAGAUACCUGGAUUUGCGACACUCUUUUGCUAAACAAAGCAUUUCCCUUGCGUCGCAGCCCAAGAUUGAUGAUUUUUCCUUUCAGUGGCUAGAACGUUUGGAGUAUCUUAACAUGGGGGACAACAACCUUCCAGGCAUCAAAAGCAAUAUGUUCACAGGAUUGAUCAAGCUAAAGCACUUAAGUCUCUCCAACUCCUUUGCAAGUUUGCGAACUUUAACCAAUGAAACAUUUUUGUCCCUCGCUCCGUCUCCUUUAGUCACACUCAAUCUAACCAAAAACAAAAUCUCAAAAAUAGAGAGUGGUGCUUUUUCUUGGUUGGGCCACCUACAAGUGCUCGACCUUGGCCUUAAUGAAAUCGGACAAGAGCUCACGGGCCAAGAAUGGAGAGGUCUAGAAAAUAUUGUUGAAAUCUACCUUUCCUACAACAAAUGCCUGCAACUGACUAGCAACUCUUUUGCCUUGGUUCCAAGCCUCCGACGACUGAUGCUCCGAAGAGUGGCCCUUAGAAAUGCGGACAGCUCCCCUUCACCUUUUCAUCCUCUUCAGAACUUGACUAUCCUGGAUCUAAGCAACAACAAUGUAGCCAACAUAAAUGCUGAACUGUUGGAGGGUCUUGAGAAACUAGAAGUUCUGGAUUUGCAGCAUAACAACUUAGCAAGACUAUGGAAACAUGCAAACCCCAGUGGUCCUGUUCAUUUUCUAAAGGGUCUUUCUCACCUCCGCAUUCUUAACUUAGAGUCUAAUGGCUUUGAUGAGAUCCCAGCAGAGGCAUUCAAGGACUUGCUUGAAUUAAAGAGAAUUGAUUUAGGAUUGAAUAACUUAAACAUAUUUCCACCAUCUGUCUUUGAUGAUCAGGCAUCUCUAAAGUCAUUGAACCUUCAGAAGAAUCUCAUAACAUCAGUUGAGAAGAACGUCUUUGGGCCAGUCUUCAGGAACCUAAGUAAUUUAGAUAUGAGCUUUAAUCCAUUUGAUUGUACCUGUGAAAGUAUCGCCUGGUUCGUUAAUUGGAUUAACAAGACCCAUACCAACAUCUCUGAGCUAUCAAGCCAUUACCUCUGCAAUACUCCCCCUCAAUAUCAUGGUUUCCCCGUCAUGCUUUUUGAUGUAUCACCCUGCAAAGACAGUGCCCCCUUUGAACUCUUUUUCAUAAUAAAUACCAGUGUCUCAUUGAUUUUUAUCUUCAUUGUACUGCUCAUCCAUUUUGAAGGCUGGAGGAUAUCUUUUUAUUGGAAUGUUUUAGUGCAUCGAAUUCUUGGUUUCAAAGAAAUAGACAGACAGCCAGAGCAGUUUGAAUAUGCAGCUUAUAUAAUUCAUGCCUAUAAAGAUCGGGAUUGGGUCUGGGAACACUUCUCUCCAAUGGAAGAAAAAGAUCGAACUCUCAAAUUUUGUCUCGAAGAGAGGGACUUUGAGGCAGGUGUCCUUGAACUUGAAUCAAUUGUUAAUAGCAUCAAAAGAAGCAGAAAAACUAUUUUUGUUAUAACACAGAAUCUAUUAAAAGAUCCAUUAUGCAAAAGAUUCAAGGUGCACCAGGCAGUUCAACAAGCUAUUGAACAGAAUCUGGAUUCCAUUAUAUUGAUCUUUCUUGAGGAAAUUCCAGAUUAUAAACUGAACCACGCACUCUGUUUGCGAAGAGGGAUGUUUAAAUCUCACUGCAUCUUGAACUGGCCAGUUCAGAAAGAACGGGUAAACGCCUUUCAUCAUAAAUUGCAAGUAGCACUUGGAUCCAGAAACUCAACACAUUAAAUUUAUUUCAAGACUAAGGUAACAGAGGAGUAACUUUCCUAACUUAAAAAGUUUUACGGUCAAUUUAGGUUCUAUUUGAAAAUAAUGUUGACCUGUUUAUUCAUAUUUAGAGAGUAUUAUCCCAAGAUUCUGUCUCUUCUCUCUCUCUAUUGCCAGUGUUUUAUAACCAGCUGAGUUAAUUGGACCCAAAAUAAACAUAUAAGAAUAUCUUCUACAAGCGAAUGCACAGUUGGUUACUGAGGUCUAAGACAACUUUAAAAAGUUUUAAAACAUUCCUCAUUUAAAGAAAAUAUAGAAUUAUGAGAAGGUUUCUGACCAUUACAUUUGGAUUUUUUUUGGAUGCACUUAUAGUAGAAUAAGAGAUAAUGGUUUUAGUGGAUACAAUAUUAUUUCAACUGAAAAGAGUACAUUUAAUAUAUAUACCCCAAUUUUUGAAAGCUUAGGUGUAGUAUUUUUUCAAAUGGAAGGCUUUUAUUUUAGUGGUGCCUGUCUCACUGUCGAUUUUGUGAAGUUUUAAAUCCCAUUUUAAUAUACAGAUUCAUGGUCAGAAAACAUUUGCAGUUCAUUUUGAUCACUUAGUAAAAUAAAUAUUUUAAUAAACACUUACUUAUAUUUUCCUGAUAUUUGGGCUUCUGCCAUAGGUGUUAGAAGAAACAAUUCUCUUAUUUAGAAGUAUUACCAAAAAAAAAAAAAAAAGGAUUACAGAAAGGCUUGCUUCCUGAACAUUAAUUAGCAGAUUGGCUUUGUGGAAAUAAAAUAUUCUUUUCUCUUAGUCACAGACUCAGGAGAUGGCCCUGGCCGAAUCAUUUGGUCCCACUGAGAUUCUUUGACUCCUGAUCUUGAAAAUAAUGAUGAUAAACAAAAUCUUAAAUAAUCCCAUAUAAUUAAUAAUGACCAUGGUAUAGUACAUUCACAUGAAAUAUAUUAUCAUGUAAAAUAUGCUGUGUACAUGUUAGUCCUUCUCUAGAAAGACUAUUAUUUUAAAUUUUAUUUUUGUCUUACAAUGAAAAGAAUCUAAUUAUGGAAAUAGACAAGCAGAGCUUUCUAAAACUUUUAUAGUUCUGUAUUUAAAUAUGAGAAAGGGUUGAAAUGAUAAAGCUGAGUUAAUUCCUAUAUUAGAAGCACCUCUUUGCUAAAUUUAGGGAAUAUUUGAGGUGUCACAUUUUGGAACUUUGAUUGAAAUUGUUCAAUAUUCUCAGGGCUAAGCUCACAGAACUCUGAAAGAAAUAAUAUUCACUGCAUUGUUGGUUCCGAAAGAGUCUAUAUCUCUCAACAAUGUGAAUGUGCGGAGGACUCAUUUUCACUUUCCCAUUAUACAUCAGCCUUGCCCACGAGACACUUGUUUUAUAGCUUUUUUUGUUAAAAUGUGUUUAUUGCCCAUGAAAUAAUCUUGUUCUAUUUUGGCAUGAUAAACUAUAAACAAACAAACAAGCAAAUAAAUAAAUUAAUUAAAUUAUAUUUUUAUGAUGCCAAAAUAAGAUUCACAAUGACUAUUUUUCUUGAUGUGCUUUGUAUGUUAUCUAUGUAUCAAUGGUCUCAAGUUCAUUAAAAUAUUUCUAAGUGAAUUUUUAUUAUGAAUUAAUGUUUCAUCAGUUUGUGAAAAGGCUUUCAUUCUCUUACUUAUUUGCCUAUAAGAUAGUUGAUCAAAUGGCCACAAUUUAAAUUGAGUUCAAAUGUAAUUUUCUUGAAGUUGUUGAAUAGAUGAGGAGAUGCACAAGAGAUGGCCCAUUUAACUGAAUAUAAAUCAAGCUAAUAAAAGGUGUGAGCCUUGACUUGUGUUUGACCUACACAGGAAGAAACAUCCUGAACUUCUGUAAGCUGUCCUUUAUAAUUGUUCUCAGGGGGAGUCCUUGUCCCUGGGGUUUCAAACAAGGGAAGUGCAGAAAAGGAUGUUUGUCUGACCUAUUUAAUUUCCAAGAGCAAAGUGACUUGUUUGACUGCUCUCAAGGUGCCAUCAUAUUAUCUGUUCACUCUAUCUUCUUCCUGUUUUUCACUUUCAAAACAAAUUCCAGCUGAAUCAACAUUGAGUUAAAGAUAAAUUUAGGAAUUUAGAUUUUACCUAAAAAUGACACCUUGUUUGAUUGUAAUGAGAAGUAAAUGCUCUCAAUUUGUUAGUGAGGAGGGGGGUUUUCAAUGCCGUUUUAUUUAAUAAGUUCUAAUUAUUCAAAUGUCUACUUUGGGUUAUUUGCAAAGGGAACUCAAUAGUGAGUGAUGGUGGUCAUUGGAAAAUGUAAAGAAUGUUCCAUAGGAAGAGCUUAAAAAAUAUUUCUUGCAAUCUAUAGAGGCAGAAAGCAGACUAUUGGUUGUCUGGACAUAGGGAUGGGAAUAGGGAGUAAAUACGGGUGGUACAAGAGAUUUUGGGAGUGA